UAAAAAGGAGUUAAUGGCAACAUUAAUAUUGAACUCAUCGCCAUCAUCGAUCUCACUAAAGCAAAGAGAUAUCGUCAAGGCCUCCAUCAACAGCCCGUGGCGGGUCACCAGAAUCCAGAUUCCAGGGCUCCGAACGGGAGGACCAUUCCAGGAGCAAAUGGAGAAGCCUAUGCAAAUCAGCACCGCCGCCGUUAAAAACGAAAACCCCGAUCCAACGGUUGUCGCAAAGCUCUACGCGAUCAUGGAAGGCGUCGCCGAUCGAGUCGAGAUGCACAGGAACGUCGGCCAGCAGCGCGACAACUGGAACAGCCUUCUUUUGACAUCGAUCAACUCCAUCACCCUGGCCGCCGCCGCGAUGGCCGGGAUAGCCGCCGCCGGAUCCCCCGCGGCGGCGCUGAAGAUCUCAUCGACGGUGUUGUACGUGGCGGCGACGGGUAUGCUGUCGGUGAUGAAUAAGAUCCAGCCGUCUCAGCUGGCGGAGGAGCAGAGAAACGGCGCCAGGCUGUUCAAGCAGCUCCAAAAUCAGAUCCAGACCGUUAUUUCAUUGGGGAAUCCGACGGCUGCGGAUGUGCGGGAGAUGAUGGAGAGGGUGCUGGCUCUUGACAAGGCGUUCCCGCUGCCUCUCCUGGGGGCGAUGCUGGAGAAAUUCCCGGCGGCGGUGGAGCCGGCGGUGUCGUGGCCGAAGCGGAGGAGGCGGCAGGCGAGGGGGAGCGCGGGCGGGUACAACGGGUGGAGCGGGAAGUUGGAGGAGGAGAUGAGGGAAGUGAUUCGGGUAGUGAGAGAGAAAGACAAGCAGGACUACUUGAGGUUGGGCGAGAAGGCGCUCAAGCUCAACAAAAUUCUAGCGGUUAGCGGGCCCGUGCUGACGGGGCUGGCGGCGUUGGGCAGCGCGGCGGGCUGCGGGUGGGGGUCGGCGGUGGCUGUGGUGGGAGGGGCGCUGGCGAGUGUGGUGAACGCGGUGGAGCACGGGGGGCAGGUGGGGAUGGUGUUCGAGAUGUACCGGAGUAAUGCGGGAUUCUUUGAGAUGAUGGAGGAAUCGAUAGAGUCGAAUUUGAAGGAAGGGGAUGUGGAGAGGAGGGAGAAUGGGGAGGUGUUUGAGAUGAAGGUGGCUUUGCAGCUGGGGAGGAGCUUGUCGCAGCUUAGGGAUCUUCCGGCGGCGGACGGCGGUGAUGAGUUUGCGAGCAAGCUUUUCUGAUCAUGCAUUUAUUUAUUUAUUUAUUUAUUUAUUUAUUUAUUUAUUUAUUUAUUUAUUUAUUUAUGUAGUAUAUAAGUGUCGCUUAGCUAAUUACUUACCUCCACUAGACUUAGUGGCAUGUAUAGAAUAUCACCUGCUGACAAAUUCAUUGAUUCAUUUCAAAUAAUUAGGCCAUCUUUUAUGAAAUUGAUCACUAAUUCCACGUGGAUC